CGUUUUUUUUUUUUUCUUGUUCUUUAUUGUAAUAUGGUCCAAGAUACUUCAUCAGUUAUCAUUGUUAGACAAGCUACUUUGGCAGAUCUUGAAAUCAAGGAAGAUAUUCAAAAGAUCAUUAACGGUGCAUAUCGUUCAAAAGGCGGUUGGACAGAUGAAAGUGCAUUAGUAAAUGGUCAAAGAGCAACAUUAGAAGAUAUGGAAACACAUAUUAAGGAUACUGUCAAUGUAUUAUUUUUGGCAUUUGAAAAAAAAGCGGGUGAAGACCAAAUGACUGUGGUGGGAACGGUACAAAUCCAACCGGAUGGACCUGAUGAAGCUGAAAUCGGAUUACUCUCAGUUGAUCAAUCAUUACAAUCUCGUGGUAUCGGUGGUCGUUUGGUGCGUACUGCUAUGGAUGAAAUGAAAAUACGUGGAUACAAAAGAGCCGUGAUUCAUGUCUUGGAUGUUCGAACAGAAAUUUUGGCUUGGUAUAGAAAACUUGGAUUUGUUGAAACUGGUGAACGUACUCCUUUUGUUUGGCCUGAAUUACUGAAGGUCAAAUCUCUCGAAUUUUUGGUGUUGAAGAAAUCUUUAAUAUGAUGCCCAUUAGAUUAGAUUCUCAACACCAACAUAUACAUACUCCCUUUUUAUUUCUAUUUUUUUUUUUUUUUUACUUACAUUGUACCUAUCUUACCCUUCUCUCUUUUUAUUAGUGAC